CGUGGCUUCCAAGCUGGGGGAAGGUCCUGUGGAUUGUGAGGGGAGGUGGAGGAGAUGGCGGCGACGGAAGAUGGCGUCCGCAGCCCGGAGCGAGGGCGGCGGGGCUGCGAGCACUAUGACCGAGGCUGUCUCCUCAAGGCACCUUGUUGUGACAAGCUUUAUACUUGCCGGCUGUGUCAUGACACCAAUGAAGAUCAUCAGCUAGAUCGCUUCCAAGUAAAGGAAGUGCAGUGCAUCAACUGUGAAAAAAUCCAGCGUGCCCAGCAGACUUGUGAAGAAUGUGGCACAUUGUUUGGAGAAUAUUACUGCGGUAUAUGCCAUCUGUUUGAUAAAGAUAAGAAGCAGUAUCAUUGCGAGAAUUGUGGAAUUUGUAGGAUUGGUCCAAAGGAAGAUUUUUUCCACUGCUUGAAGUGUAAUUUAUGCCUUGCCAUGAAUCUUCGAGGAAAACAUAAGUGUAUUGAAAAUGUUUCUCGGCAGAAUUGUCCAAUAUGCUUGGAGGACAUUCACACCUCCCGCGUUGUUGCUCACGUCUUGCCGUGCGGGCAUCUCUUACAUAGAACGUGUUAUGAAGAAAUGUUAAAAGAAGGCUACAGAUGUCCACUGUGUAUGCAUUCUGCCUUAGAUAUGACUCGGUACUGGAGACAAUUGGAUAAUGAGGUAGCCCAGACUCCCAUGCCAUCGGAAUACCAGAAUGUGACUGUGGAUAUUCUCUGCAAUGACUGUAAUAGACGAUCCACAGUCCAAUUCCAUAUCUUAGGCAUGAAAUGUAAGGUUUGUGACUCCUACAAUACUGCUCAAGAUGGAGGCCGUAGAGUUUCAGUGGAUCAGCAGUGAGCAGUCUGUCCUUGGCUUGAAAACAGUUCUGUGAUGUAGAUAAAGCUCUGUGUAAAAGAUCCCGAUGUCAGAGUGUGUCCUAACUGUGCGUAGAGAUGUUUUAUACCACUGUCGCAACAGCAUGUCGUAUCAUAGCCACCUAAGGAUUCAGGCUCUCUGGAUGGAAUUGCCAUAGCUCUUACUAGAUGAAGCCUCUUUGGAUGUGUUGAUCAGAAAUUCCUUUAGUGUCAGGUUUUGAAGUCAAUGAUGUUUGCCCCAGAUAUAGUCACAUUCAUAGAAAUAUUUUAUAUUUUCAUGGAACUUUAAGUGAUACUAUGCACACAGAGUUCAAUUUUAGUUCUCGAUAGAACUGCAUUUAAUUUUAGUCUUUGAUUUUAAGGACUGUAAUAUAAUUUUUAAGUUCUUAUUGUUAAAAUCUAAUUAAAUAUGCUUUUGAAUUUUCUAAGACAGUCCUUUGGAUCUUAUAAGUGGAAUUUUAUGUAAAAGCUACUAAUAAAAUUAUACUGAGA